ACCUACGUAUUCGUCGUACGUACCAUUGCUCAAUGAAAUGAGCAUUUGGUAUAUAAUGUGAUGGUACCUUCGAGACGACACAGUCCAUCGAAUCCUUUAGUGAACUAACAAGUGAGCAGUCACCAAAUCAAGCAAAAUGAUCGCCAAAUUUGUUGUAAUCUUCUCCCUCGCCGUCGCCGCCGCCAAUGCCGGAGUGCUGCCGCUCGCUGCUGCACCUGCCGCGCUUGUGGCUCCCGCAGUGGCGCCCGCGGCAUACGCUGUGGCACCUUAUGCUAGUUCAUACUCUGCACACUCAGUCAACCACGCCGUUGCUGCCCCAGUUGUCGCCUCCGCUCCCUACGUUGCUGCUGCCCCUGCCCCAGUUGUCGCCUCCGCUCCCUACGUUGCUGCUGCCCCUGCCCCUUACGUCGCUGCCGCUUCUCCUUACUACGCAGCCGCUUCCCCUUACAUUGCCAACCCAUACGUAGCGGCAGCUAAAUACGUCUCCGCCCCCUACUACUUAUAAGCAAAUUUUGGUGUUAUCAUUGCCCAGUGACUUGCUCAAAAAAGCUGUGUUAUAUUAUUAUAUAUGUAGGUAUAUGUAUAUAUUAUAUAAAUAAAUAAUAUUGUUUCAUAAAAAAAACAA